AGUACUCGUGUGCCUCUCAUAAAAAGCUUACAGACCCAACGUUCAUCUGAAGGAUCGGACUUCUGAAGACGAAUCAUGAUUCGUCCUUCACUAAUCGCCGCCAUCUUUGCUGGCGUCCUUUUCUUGGAGAAUGUGGCCUCCGAGUCGACUCCGCAAUACGAUAACAUCAUCAUCAUGCUUAUGGACGACUUCGGCUAUGCUGACCAUCAAGGAGCCGAUCCCGAGAUGCGAACUCCCAACAUCAACCUCCUACGGCAAGAGGGCGUGACCUUCAAUCAGUCUUACGUUUUGCAGGUCUGCGCUCCAACCCGCUCCGCUAUACUGACGGCCAGAUAUCCCUAUACAUACGGUAUGCAAAUCAACCAGAUCAAAGGGUCGAACCUGGCCUGGCUGAACGAAAGCUUGACACUCAUGCCCCAGUACCUAGAACCGUAUGACUACGUCAACAGCCAUGUGGGUAAGUGGCACCUGGGUCACUGCAAUAAGACACUCACUCCCCUGGAGAGAGGGUUCCACUUCGACUACGGCUUCUACACUAACGCCCUGGGCUUCUUCAACCACUCGGGGGAGGGUCCGUUCUCCUACGACUUCCGCAACCAGACUGACCUGUACUACGAGCAGGGCACCUAUGCCGCAGACCUUUUCAGACAGUAUGUCCGCAAUUUCAUCGCGAACCGCGACAAGAGUAAGCCCUUUUUCAUCUACUACGCCAUGCAGAGCGUGCACUGCCCGUGCGAGGCCAAGCAGGAGUUGGUGAACACGGUGUGCUCACACAUCAAGGACCUCGAGCGGCGCACGCGCUGUGCGAUGGUCUACUCGGCCGACGAGGCUGUCGGAGAUCUGCGAGACGUGCUUAUAUCAGAGGGAAUUUACAACAGCACCACCGUACUGCUGAUGUCUGACAACGGUGGACCUCUAGAAGGAGCCGGCACUAACUGGCCUCUUCGAGGUCAGAAAUCUUCGCUAUGGGAGGGAGGCACCAGGUCCUUCACCGUGUUGCGCAGCGCCAAACUGAGGAACACCAACACCACCUUCAAAGGCAUGAUCCAUGCCGUAGACUGGCUCCCGACCUUGAUGAGGGGCGCUGGCCUAGUCCCUCCCUCGACAAGCCUCGACGGUCAAGACUUAUGGAAUCAAAUUGUGAACAACAGCAACACCGGCAGGACAGACUUUGUCUACAACAUGGACGACACCACCAACCGCUACUGCGUUCGAAAAUAUGAGUAUAAAUAUUGCGAAGGGGUUCCAGGACGGAAAUACAACGGCUGGUAUCCUCCUGCCUCCAUGGUACCGAGUCUGAAAAAAGAGAUCUUCUCCGGUAACUUGACGUGGGGGGACAUUAACUUCGGCAAAGACUUGCAGCAGAUGAACAUUUCCAAAGUUUUACUCUUCAACAUCGAACAAGACCCUCAGGAGAUCUACAACCUUGCAGACCUCUACCCGGCCAAAGUGGACGAGAUGAAGAAAUUUCUUCGCCAAAAGAAAAAGCUUUUGUUCCCGUUCGUUGUAGCCGAGAAGGCAACAACCGAUGCCUUUGUCAGGUACAACGCGACGUUUGGUUACGAGGGACCCGGAUGGUGUUAAAUGUUUGAAGAUUCCGAGGGACCUGCAUGAUGUCUCCAGACGUUUCUGGUCACCAGUCGAGGUCGAACAGU